CACACUGGAGCUCACACACACCGGACACACACAGCACACCGUGUUUAGUGAUGGAGCUGCAGCGGGGAGGGUGGGACUGACAGGCCGACACAUGAACGCUCCGAGCGGGGGACUACAGGACGAACAGCGGUCCCCCUCCAGCGCAGAAAAUAAACACCAUCACCGACGAUAUCAUCACCGGGCGUCUGCUGGGAAAAUACACCUUUCACUGACAGCGAUGUUGAAUUAUGUGGAGAUCCAGGUGAAUAACAGGGACUAGCUGCAGGAAGAAGGAGAGGAAACCAUCGCUGGAGAUGGACUGCAGGUCGGUGAUAACAUCUCAUAUCUGUGUCAAUAACGAUGACUCCCGUCCUCGCUGUUUGAACAUGCUGCUCGGGUAGCGAAGCCGAAAGAGAGGAGCGUCUAGCCUUCACUUCUCUGGACACACACACUCUCACACACACCAGGAGUUGGCCAAAUUCAAGCUCAACCAUGCUGAUUAAGGAGUAUCGCAUCCCCAUGCCGAUGAGCGUGGAGGAGUACCGCAUCGCGCAGCUCUACAUGAUCCAGAAGAAGAGCCGAGAGGAGAGCUGUGGGGAGGGCAGCGGCGUGGAGAUCCUGGAGAACAAGCCCUACGAGGACGGGCCCGGGGGCUCGGGGCAGUACACUCACAAAGUGUACCACAUCGGGAAGCACAUCCCGUCCUGGUUCUGUGCCAUCCUGCCUCAGGCGGCGCUCCGAGUGGAGGAGGAGUCCUGGAACGCCUACCCAUACACCCGCACCCGGUACACCUGUCCCUUUGUAGAGAAGUUCUCUAUAGACAUUGAGACGUAUUACAAACCAGACACUGGAAAUCAAGUGGAUGUCUUCAAUAUGUCUUCUGCUGAAAAGAGACAGAGGACUGUCGACCCCAUAGACAUCGUAAAGGACUACAUCCCCCCACAUGAAUACCUGGUGGAAGAAGACCCUAAGCUGUAUCAGUCGGUGAAAACCAAACGGGGUCCGCUGUCAGACGACUGGAUCGAGGAGAUCAACCAGAAACUCGGUGAAUGUCCCGUCAUGUGUGCCUACAAACUCUGCAAAGUCGAGUUCAGAUACUGGGGCAUGCAGUCCAAGAUCGAACGCUUCAUACACGACGUGGGCCUGCGUAAGGUGAUGGUGCGCGCCCACAGACAGGCGUGGUGCUGGCAGGACGAGUGGUACGGCCUCACCAUCGACGACAUCCGGCUGCUGGAGCUGGAGACGCAGCUGGCUUUAGCCAAGAAGAUGGCCCAGUUCAGCCUGACUGAGGAGGGGGGGGCGGAGACGUCCGUCAGCCAGGACCAGGAGCAGGGGGCUCAGGCCGGGGGCUCGGCUGCAGAGGGAGAGGGGGGGAAGCUGGGAGACUCCCUGGAGACACGAGGGGAGCUCACCAAGCAGUGGUCCACCUCCUCCAAGUCCUCCAACAGGUCGUCCAAGAGAGGCGGGAGUCCGUCUCACCAGAACAUUUCAGAGUGGAGGAUGCAGAGCAUCGCCCGAGACUCAGAUGACAGCACAGACGACGAGUUCUUCGAUGCUCACGAGGACUUUUCUGACAACGAGGAGAUGUUUGCCAAAGAGAUCACCAAGUGGAGCUCCAACGAUCUGAUGGACAAGAUAGGAACAAACGAGAUGGAUGAAGCACAAGAAACUAUGUAUCAGGAGUCGGGUGGGGAGUAUGCUGUGAUGAGUAAUGAGGAGAGGCAGAUGGAGGACUGUUCAUCUCAGCAGUGUCUCCAGACGUCCAAAACUCACGUCCUCGUUCUGGUCCUGCAUGGAGGAAACAUUCUGGACACUGGCUCUGGUGAGCAGAGCGGCAAGCAGGCGGAUAUAAACACGCUGGGCGGGGCCUUUGAGACGGUGAUGAGGGUCCACUACCCCGCAGUGCUGGGACGCAUCGCCAUCCGGAUGGUCCCCUGUCCUGCUGUGUGUGUGGACGCAUUCGCACUCGUCUCCAACCUCAGCCCCUACAGCUACGACGAAGGCUGCCUGUCCAGCAGUCAGGACCACAUCCCUCUGGCCGCGCUGCCCCUCUUAGCCACCGCCGCACCGCAGUACCAAGAAGCCGUGGCCACCGUCAUCUUACGAGCCAAUCAGGUGUACAACGACUUCCUCAAGUCUGUGGAGGGAUCGUCUUUCAACGGCCAGGUGUGUGUUAUUGGUGAUUGUGUUGGAGGCAUCCUGGGGUUUGACGCUCUGUGCAGCAGCUCGGUGAUGGUGUCAGAAAGCCAGAACAGCAGCAGGCGGGGCAGCGCCAUCAGUGUACAGGACACAGACCUCCUCUCUCCGGGUAUCAUCAUCAACAGCGGCUCUCCUUCCUCCUCGCCGACCCUCGAAGGAAGCCGCCAUCUCAGCCGCAGCAACAUCGACAUCCCCCGCUGCUCAGGGCCCGACGACCCCAAGAGACAACUUCCACGCAAACGCAGCGACUCGUCCACCUACGAGCUGGACACCAUCAAACACCACCAGGCCUUCCUGUCCAGUCUCCACUCCAGCGUGCUCCUCGGGGAGCCCGGGUCUCGGCGCUCCAGCAGCAGCACCAUGCUGGAAGGAGGCAGUUUGGGGAAGUUUGACUUCGAGGUGACUGACUUCUUCAUGUUCGGCUCUCCUCUGGGGCUGGUGCUCGCUCUGAGGAAGACGGUGGUGCCCUCUUUAGAUGUGUCGGCUCUGCGUCCGGCCUGUCAGCAGGUGUACAACCUGUUUCACCCCGCCGACCCCUCGGCCUCGCGCCUCGAGCCUCUCCUGGACAAACGGUUCCACCUGCUGCCUCCCUUCAGUGUCCCUCGAUACCAGCGCUUCCCUCUGGGCGAUGGGCACUCGGCUCUAUUGGUUGAGACGAUGCAGAGUAAUCCUCAGCUUCUGAUGGAGUCUGUUGGUGCAGUUUCUCACCGCCACCAGGACUUCACCGUCAAUGAGACGUCCAUCCCAGUGCCCGUCCUAAACUGGCAGCUCCACACAGACACUGACUCUCUUCAGUCACAUAUUUUCGUUGACGGCCCCAUCCCCACGUCCCCGGGCGUCCCUCACCUGCGCUGCACCCGCAGGUCCAGCAGUGCCAGCAUCGCCAGCCAGGUGUCGGGCCUAGCCGACUCGUACACCGCCUCCAACAUCGCCACCACCCACAAAACUGAAAAAAAGCCCAGCCUGCUGUCCCAGCUGGUGCUCCCCUACAAUAAGUUUGCCUCUCGAAGAGCAUCCAUGCGGUCUCAAAGGAAAAGCCGUCAGAUGCUCCCAAAACCCAACGGUGUGGAGUCUGAGCAGAGCUCGGAGGUUAGCUUUGACUUCAACGAUGUCGCGUCUGACAUCGUGGACAUCAGCUCGGCCCCCCCGUCCCCCGGGUUGCUGAAGAACAUUGGGAAAGUUGCUUCUCGCUGGUGGGGCAGUAAGAGGAUGGACUACGCUCUGUACUGCCCUGACGCUCUGACUGCGUUCCCCACGGUCGCUCUGCCUCAUCUCUUCCACGCCUCCUACUGGGAGUCCACAGACGUCGUCUCCUUCUUACUCAGACAGGUGAUGAGACAUGAGAACUCCAGUAUUUUGGAGCUGGAUGGUAAAGAAGUGUCUGAAUUCACUCCAUCCAAACCUCGGGAGAAGUGGCUCCGCAAGAGGACUCAUGUUAAAAUUCGGAACGUGACAGCAAACCACCGAGUGAACGACGCCGUGUUCGUGGAGGAUGGAGCCCAGAUGGUGAUGGGACGUUUUAUGUACGGCCCCCUGGACAUGGUCACCCUCACUGGAGAGAAGAUUGACAUCCACAUCAUGACCCAGCCUCCCUCUGGAGAGUGGGUGUACUUCAACACGGAGCUCACCAACAGCAGCGGACGCGUCUCUUAUGUGAUCCCUGAGGGCAAGAAGCUGGGUAUCGGGGUUUAUCCUGUCAAGAUGGUCGUAAGGGGAGACCACACAGUUGCAGACAGCUAUAUUUCUGUGGUACCACGAGGAACAGAGUUUGUUGUUUUCAGUAUUGACGGCUCAUUCGCUGCCAGCGUGUCUAUAAUGGGCAGCGAUCCAAAAGUCCGAGCUGGAGCUGUGGAUGUGGUGAGAUACUGGCAGGACUUGGGCUACUUGAUAGUAUAUGUAACGGGUCGUCCGGACAUGCAGAAGCAGCGCGUGGUGGCCUGGCUCUCUCAGCAUAACUUCCCUCACGGCAUCGUCUCCUUCUGCGACGGGCUGGUGCACGACCCGCUCCGGCACAAGGCCAACUUCCUAAAAUGUCUCAUCAACGAGGCCAACAUGAGGAUCUUUGCUGCCUACGGCUCCACCAAGGACAUCUCUCUGUACUCGUCUCUUGGCCUGCCUUCCUCACAUAUCUACAUUGUGGGAAGGCCCACCAAGAAGAUGCUGCAGCAGUGUCAGUUCAUUCCAGAUGGCUACGCUUCCCACCUGUCCCAGCUGGAGUACAACCAGAGGUCCCGCCCGGCCAAGUCGGCCAGCACCCGCAUGGUCCUCCGCAAGGGCAGCUUUGGGCUGGGGGCAGCCGGAGGAGACUUCCUUCGCAAGCGCAAUCACAUCUUCCGCACCGUCUCCACAAAGAAGUCUGCGGGGGCGGGGUCGGCCUCUCCCAACCCGACGGGGCGGACGGAGCGAACCCUCAGCCAGUGUGAGAUGGAGCGGGAGCGAACGACCGGGCCAGCGACCCAGAGGAGUAUGAGUAUUGCUGCAGGGUGCUGGGGUCGCACCGGGAGCGGCAAGGAGGGCAGUGGAGGGUUACUCGGCCCUAAAUAAGGUUCAGAUUGGAGCUGUGGUGGUAGAGGACGCUGCCUGAGUCAACAUGAUCUCUGGAUUGGACCCAGAGAGAAGAGUGGAAGAAGAAAAGGUGGAAGGAGGGUUUGAAUUUUAGGAAAUAAAGGAAUUGGUUGUUAUAGCAUGAAAACACUUGAUCAUCAGUGAUAGAGAAGGAUCUGUCCAGGAGGAGAGGACUAAUCAGGCCAAAUGGGAUCCAGCGAACAAAAGACAAUUCUGUAGCAUGACUCUUUUACAGUAAUACUUUUAUAGGAUACAUUAUAAACUAUAGAAAACGGUGACAAGGAAGGAUUAAAUGAAAUAUUGUAAGCCUUAAACUAAUCUCGUAUAACGGGACCCCACCUCCAUACACACACACACACACACACACACACACACACACACACACACACACACACACACACACACACACACACACACACACACACACACACAGCACACUGUCCAAGCAUUCACACUCUCAUGAGCUCAGGACACACUGCAGAGCCAGAUUCAUCUUCAAACAAUCGAGCACGGGUUUGAGGCCAAGUUGACUGGCAGCCAUGACAAAGAGUUGAUGACUUUCACUACUGUUUCUGUCCCAAUGUCAGCUGAGCAACAACAUGUUUCAAUCACAUCCCUCUACCCAGGAAUGACUGGCAAUCAGUACAGAAUACAGUCAGCUCAUCCUAAUUACAUAAAGGAAAUAGUUUCUCACUUUUCUCUACCAUGCAGGUACUUUUGGGCUCAAUUUGAAUCGUUCACACGCUUCUGUCUGCAUUUGUGUCUCCCGCUGUUGCCUCACUGAUUCAAGAAAGUGAGAUGAUAAUUCAUCUUUAUCUGUGACUCAAACUGUGCCGUGUUGGGUCCUUAUAUUUUAAGCAAUUGGGCCUCGAAACAAGUCCUUGAACUUAAUGUUCAAGAACAUCUGGGAACCGUGCAUUUAGCUCAUGUGCAGCCUCAUUAGCACCUAGCAUGGCUGCAGAAUCAUAGUCUUAUUUAAAUGCUAGUUUCCAAUGCUGCAAGGACCACAAUUGCAGUGAGGUGGAGACAGAAACUAUUAAACCAUGACUGUCUGCGUAAAUAUAUGCUAUCAUAGAGAAGUGAGAAAUAAUGUUUUCUUUGGUAGUUUAGGUGAACUGAUCCUUUAAACACCUGAGGGCUGGAUUUGAAAUAUACAGUAUAUAUCAGAGGUGAAAGUACUUUUUAUCUCGACACAAUACAUAAUGCUAGUUUCAUUCCCCUGUGUGUUUAUGUGUGUGUGUGGGAGACUCUGUAGUAUUUUCUCUUUCAGUGUGGCCUCUGGGCCAUCCAAGGCCUUAAUAUCCAACAACACACUUGCUCCACAGAUGGAACAGAGAGCAGACAAACAGGGCAUGCAGCAUUAAAGCAACAACAGAGACUCUGUACAGUCAACAGCAACAAUCCCUUUAUAUAUUCAUCGGCUUGCAAUACCUCUGACCCGCCUGUUGGUGGCGUUCUGUUCCCCACAUGUGCUGCUGCUGGGAAACACUUGUGUGUUGUUCCCCCGGCUUCCUGCUCGUUUGGAUGGAUGGAGGAUGGACAUGGUGUUUCUGCUGAGGAGCCUGAUUCAUUUCAGGCGUGACUCUUGGAGGGAUGGAGGCAGUGUUUCCACGUAGCUUUCACUCACAGAGACCUGUUAACCUGACAGUAUUUUUACCAAACUGACUGAAGAAUGGGGCCGGAAGUGAUUCAGCAUGAAUGUUGAAAGGCUGCAUCGAAAUCACCGCUGCCCUCAUGAGAGCAAACAUCAUGUUGCUGCUUCCGUCUACUGAACUGUAUAUUUUCAUACAAAGGGGACGUAGAAGAAGAAGCGUCCUCGCAUCUCCAGUCCAAAAUGCAAACGUUGUGCACAAAAUAGUUUCCAGUGCUGAUGCCAUCCUCGCUCCUCUAAGGAAAAGUUCACACUUUUUCAAAGUCUGAUUUAAAACAAUAGUUGGGUGCUUUAAUCAUUGCUCCUGUUCAUAUUGGUCAUUUAAAGAUUUGUAUUGCUCUUCCAAUUUAAGGGAUGGGGGAAAAUCCCAUUAGAGAAAGCCUUCGAUCUAUGCCAGGAUGUGUUCAAAGUAUAUUGAAGUAUGAACAAAGUCAGUAUCAAGUGAAUAUUUAUUGACUUUUUAACUAUGACAUUUGAGCAAAACAACAUUUUGGACAAAUUCCAGGUUUUGGUGAGUGAUUUUAAAUGAUAUAAUUAUCUAUGGUAGUUACUCAAAGUGGGCAUUCAGGCGUUGGAGUGGUUUCAAUCACAUUUACUGUAACACAUACUGUAGAUCGAUAAUAAGAUAAUAAUUCAAACCAUGUUUUAAAUAUUGAGAAGAGUUGUGACUAGCGAAGAGUUCCUCUCGUGGUAAAGUCUUGGGCAUUGGGUCUUUACAUUUUGGUAUAUGCUUUUUUUUACGUUUAAAUCAAAAAUCAAAAUCUUUCCUACUAGGUAGACACAUUUGGAAGAUAUUAACUUGCAUUUUUGCUUAUGUUAAAGCCUCACUAAACAUUGUCGUGCAUUUUUGCCCAGAAGGGACUGUGUAUUUUGUCCUCCAUACUGGAAGCACAUUGAAAAAGGAUCCUUCAAUCAGCCAUUUUGGAUUUUCAUAUGGGAACCCAACUUUUGUUUUCAGACAGACUUGAGAAACUGUGAACCCCUCCUUUAAACCCAUGAAAGCUUUUUGAUGCGUGGAACAGUUGUACCUCUUGUUCACGUCAUUUUACUAUGCUGUUGUUUUAUGCCCAGCUUCCACUCCACACAAGAGUGUCUGUUUCCACUCUCUGUGUGAUCAGCAAUGUCUUCAACCCGACACAAAAGCCAAAACCAUUCUCUAAAUACUGUAGUUAAUCAACUGUGUAACCUCAUUGUUGUUUUUUUGCACUAGUUAACGGUGGGAAUAUACUGUAGUUACCAUCUCAUGUUGCUACAUUUGGACAACUCUGUAGUGCAUGACACUUUGUUCAUUUCAGGGUAUACUGUAUGUGCAGGUACGCACACGUCUGUAUAUUUUGUCAGAAAAUGAAAAUAAUGUAAGUAUAUGUGCCAAACAGUAAACAGUUUGAGAGGAUAAGUAUUUAGACCAGGGGUUUUCUGACACUGUGGCUCCCCCCAACACACCGUCCUCCUACUCUCAUAACAAUAUUAACCUUUGUCUUACAUCUAUUUGGAAAAUAAUCAUGCAUGCCCUUAGUUUUGGAGCUAGGUUUCCCAUAAUGAUUUGCAAGAUGUAAAAAAGGAAGUAUGGGGCCCCAUAAAAAACAAAACAACAACAUAUGUUUGUUCGCAAUUUCGAAGGACAUCAAAUGAUGGCAGAAUUUGUGGCAAUAAGGUGCCAACUGUUUUAAAUUACCUUUAUGUCCUCCAUGAGCUGCAUGCAACAGUAUUGGUGAAUUGCCAAAUCAGAAACUACAAUAAUUUGGUUUUAGAGCUCCUGCUUGCACCAGUGUCUUGCACCUGCCUCACCUUCCUUCAAUAAUUGACCUGGGGAGGCGCCCCAGAGUUUGAAAACCCCUGAUUUAGACUGUAUCCAACAUUUUCUUUCCGUAAGAAGGGGAAAAGUGUACUGAGAGCAUUACUUACUGUACUACUUGACUGGAUUAUCAUGAUUUUUGGUGACUACACCUUCUUAAUCUAAUGUCGUCCAUGUCUGAGGAUGAAAAAAGUGGCUUUAAUGGAAAGCUGAAGAUGUAUUUUUAGCUUUGAAUUGAGAGAAAAAGGUGACCAUGCUGCUGUCAUCGUGGACAGUAAGGAUUUUAGCGAGAUGUCACAGAUCUUUUUAGUGCUGUUGGUGGCAGUUUUUUGGCUACAGACACAUCGUUACCCCAUUUAGCCGUUUGGCUGCUGUUGAAUGUCCGCCCGUUUUAUUCUGAGGCUGUUCAGAAGCCAUGGAUGUGUCAGUGUACAUACUGUAAAGAUGUAUAUGUAGGACUUAUAUGGUUGAGAGUUAUUUAUUUACCUAAAGAUCAUAAUGUUACUCUGGAAAUUUCAGGUGAAAUAUAUUUGAAAAUAUGUAGCAUUUUAUUUGUCACUUUGGCGGUCAUUAAGGCUAAGGACCAACACAGAAAGGUUUUUUUAGUUUUUACCAGUGCAAUAUUAUUGUUCCAAUCACAGCCAGGCAAAACCGCUAUCACAGCAGGGGCACAAUAUACCACAAUACAAGCUACAGGCAAUCCACAGUCUGAAAUCAUACACACACACCUGCAGUUGUUUCACGUCUCGUGAAGACUAUUUGUAUCUGAGCUACUGUUGACCUCUGCUGUCUCUCUUUACAACAGGCAAACACUGAACGUUUUAUAGGACUUACUGUACCUAUUUUUCAAACUGGAGUAUUUUACAAGACCUUUGAGAUAUAACUGGGGACUGUUUUUUCAGUCAGCAGUGGGUGCAUGAAGAAGUGAAAAAUCCCGUAAACGAAGCAGCUCUAUUUAACAAGCUGUUGCAUGUCAUCCAGUCAGAUUGGAACUACUUAACCUUCAUGCUUAACAAUAAUAAACCAGUUAUGUUGUCCUCAAUGUCCUCACUGUCUAAUGAAAUAUAUAUCAAACCAUUAUCCUGAAUAUAUUUGAGAUUAUUGCAAUUAUUGCCACAUUUGGAUAAAACGCUUAAAGAACCAUAUUCAGCUUAGUUUUGAAACACACAGUCCAGAACUAGUUUUAUUCAUUACUAAACGUUUUGUGGUACCACUUUAUAAUAAAGCACCCUAUAUGAUCUUUAUUAAUCACCCAUUAAUAAAGCAAUUACUCACAACUUGUAAAUCCUAUGUAACGGCCGGGUGCCUUAUUGUUACGUUGUACCAAUAUUCUGUAUUAUUCUCAAUUAUUUAUAAAUCCCAACACUGGGGUUGUUAUACAUUUUAAAUAAUCAACUGAAUUAAAUAGUGACACACUACAGAACUUUAGGUCUGUGACAUAAAUAUAUGGUGGCAAUAAUUCAGAUAUAUUUUGGAUAUUUGCAGUGUUUAAAAUGUUAGAUUAAAGAUUGACAAAUGUUAAAGUAUUUCACUUUAUUUUAACCCUGUUAUUUAGCAUUUAUAAGCAGUAUGUACACAGUUCAGAAUUGGAUUGUAAACAGUUAUUGCAUACUUACUAGAGUAAAUGCUUUAUGACACCGUGUAAGGAUUUACUCAUGAUUACAACUUUUGUGUUAUGUCAGGUUAAAUUGACUUUUUAUCAACGUUUGUUUAUGAUCAUCACACUACCAAACAUUAUAGUUUUAUAUUCUGUCCAGUCUUAUUGUACUGCCUAUAGAUGCUAAACAGGGGGCUUUAAAUGACAAUAUUACCAGUAUUUCUCUGUAUUCUGUUAGCAACUGUAUACAAAUGGCCAUAAACAAUUUUUACAUGAUUGGUAAGUGUUAUCCUUUCAUAAAUGACAUUAACAACCACUGUUAAAAGCUCUGUGUGUCCUUGGUUAAGAACACCAAUAUGUUGUUUUCAGACAGAGGAUACAGUAGGUGCUGAUGUCUCAUAGUUCUGUUCAGGCAGAUCGGGCCGGACUCUCUCUACCAUUGUCUGUUCUGUGGAAUAAAUUACAAUUGGACGGUAA